UCUUAGAUUGUUCACUGGCUCUUGGACCGCUCGGGAGAUCUCUCUCGCUCUUUCACUCUUUCGCUCUUUCGCUCUCUCGAUCGCGCCAGCAGGGGAGUGAAAGUAUUUACUUGAGGAGGUUUUCUUAAACAAUUUUGAUUCAGUUUUGUUUGGAAAGGAAAGCAUGGAUCCUUCAACAACAUUGGAAGAUGAGGAUACUCCAACAAUGAAAACAAUUAAGGGGGCAACUAUGGGAUUGGCUGCUGGAACUAUCUGGGGUACUGUUGUUGCUACUUGGUAUGAUGUGCCUCGUGUGGAAAGAAAUGUAGCUCUUCCAGGACUAAUAAGAACUCUGAAGAUGUGUGGUAACUAUGGGCUUACAUUUGCUGCCAUUGGAGGGCUUUACAUAGGUGUUGAGCAAUUGGUGCAAAAGUAUAGGAUGAAAGAAGAUUUUGUUAAUGGUGCAGUGGGUGCUUUUGUUGCUGGAGCAUCAGUAUAUGGCCUCCGAGGUCCGAGUAUUUCGAGUGCCAUUGCAGCUGGAUCUGCUCUAGCUGUUACUUCUGCGGUGCUGGACAUCGGUGGUCAGAAAACAAGAUUCGACACCGGGAAAGAAUACUAUCCUUACACCCUUGAGAAAAGGCCACCGGCUAAUUGACGAUUUCUCCUUAGAUCAAAAACCUGAGCUGGAGCAAGUCAGAAAUUCUGUUUAAUCUUCUUUGUUAGAACCUUUCGGAAAAAAAUUCAUGUUUCUAAAAAACCCAAGAAAAAAAAAAACUCAAGAAAUAAUACUUGGGUUAGUUAUUUGUCUGAAUGAUUUUGAUGGUAUGGAAAUGUAACAUCGUUAAAGAUCAUUUUCCAAAACUUUAUUGUAGACUUCUUCUUGGUUAUUUACCCUUAAUGAAUGAAUGGUUCAGCUUGCCAAAACAA